UCCAGCAGAUGUUGAAGCUCUGAGGUCCACUUCCUCUGCAGCAGAGUGAGACCAUCAUCUCUUCAUGGAGCUGUGCACCAGGCGGGUGUCACGUGACCAAACACAAAGUGUGAACAACACGUCGUCCAAAUGAUCCGUUAGAAUUCCAUCAAACACAUUUAUUGAAUAUACUUUAUACUUUAUACUUAAUUCAGCUUCCUGUCACACGUAUCAGAAUCAAGUCUUAAUGGCCAAGCAACCACGUUAAUGCAACUUUUAUUGUGCACAGCAUUUUAAAGAUCAUAUGGACAUAAAAACUACAAAGACGUCGUAAUUUCAUAAUGACACAAGAUAUACUAUGGAAAGGACUAAAUCACAUCCAGUAGCGCCUCCUACUGGCUUGCAGUUGAAAUCGCUGGUGAGCUGGAUGGGAGUUGUUUUUUGUUGUGCCCUUGUGAUGUGUGUUUUUUGGUACAGUGAUUCACCUGAUGGGACGCAGAUAUAAUACGGCUGUGGUCCACUUCAGGCAGUGAUGUUGUACUUCUGGCCUUCUUAUGGCAAAAUGGAUAAAACUGCCCACCAAUAACUAAUGUGGCCUAAAUAUCCCAAAACAAAUGUGGGCCUUUUUUUUGCAAACAUGCGGUGCCCUAGAUUAAAGUUUAAUCUGCAGUGGGCCACGUGGUAAAUGGUGAAUAUUCAUGAUCCCACACCGUCCAUUAUUCACUUCAUAACCAUCACAAUUAAACAUGAAAUGUGAACCAGUUUCAUUUUCAUGGGUAUGAAAACACCCGGUUGAACACUCAGGUUUCAAGAGUGAACAGGUUCAACAGGGAGGAGGAGCAUGAGCACAGGGAGCGGUCAGACUCCAUUUUCACCUGGAUGAGCAGAAGGAAGGAAAGUGAGCAGAUAAACAUUGGAACUGGUGUGAAAGAUCAUUUCACUGUGUUCUGCUGUAAACUGAGUGCAGAACCAGAAGGAAAUAGACCAGACCUUGAAUAUCUAGAAGAGCAGCGUGGCCUGAACCACAACUGAGCCGCAGCCGGUGCAACAUGGACGAGGACACUUCAGAGCAAGUUGGACCCUCAACCACAAAAGGUCAGGACCAGAGACUGAGAGCAGAGUCUCCAGGGUCCAGCUGUCUGUCUCUGAAGAGUAACAUGUCCAAAGAGUAUCCUGUAAACUUCAGUAAAGAACCUGGACCCUCACACACAGAAGGUCAGGACCACAGACUGAGAGCAGAGUCUCCAGGGUCCAGCUGUCUGUCUCUGAAGAGUAACAUGUCCAAAGAGUAUCCUGUAAACUUCAGUAAAGAACCUGGACCCUCACACACAGAAGGUCAGGACCACAGACUGAGAGCAGAGUCUCCAGAGUCCAGCUGUCUGUCUCUGAAGAGUGACAUGUCCAAAGAGUAUCCUGUAAACUUCAGUAAAGAACCUGGACCCUCACACACAGAGGAGAGGAAGAGGAGUCAUGUUUCUGAGGAGGAGCAGUCGUCCUGCUGUGCUUCGUGUCAGGACGUCCUGAAGGAUCCAGUCUCCACCAGCUGUGGACACUGGUUCUGCAGACAGUGCAUCACCUCAUACUGGGACCAGUCUGGUUCUUCAGGAGAAUCCUCCUGUCCCCAGUGUGGACAAAGAUCCAGAACAGGAGCUGGAGCAGAUCGUGGUCUGCAGGAGGUUUUAGAUGAACAUAAGCUCAGUGUGAGGAGGAGAUGUGAACAUGUUACUGAAGGAAGUGAUGAAACAGGAAGUAGAACCCUCCUCAACAGGAUCUACACUGAGCUCUACAUCACAGAGGGACAGAGUGAAGAGGUUAAUACUCAACAUGAGGUGAGGCAGCUUGAGACGGCUUCCAAGAUGAAGAUCCUCCACGACACUCCCAUCAAGGUCCAGGACAUCUUUAAAGCCUCCACUGACCAGCAGAGCAACAUCAGAGUCGUCCUGACCAACGGAGUCGCUGGCGUUGGAAAAACCUUCUCGGUGCAGAAGUUCACUCUGGACUGGGCAGAGGGUUUAGAGAACCAGGAUGUGGGUCUGCUGGCUGUGCUUUCGUUCAGGGAGCUGAACCUGGUGAAGGACCAGCAGCACAGUCUUCUCACGCUGCUCCAUGUUUUCCAUCCAGCGUUACAGAAGCUCACUGCAGAGACGCUCGCUGUCUGUAAACCUUUGUUCAUCUUUGACGGCCUGGAUGAAAGCAGACCUUCUCUGGACUUCAACCAAAGGGAGCUUGUGUCUGAGGUCACACAGAGGUCAUCAGUCAACGUGCUGCUGACAAACCUCAUCCGGGGGAAUCUGCUUCCCUCGGCUCUCGUCUGGAUAACCUCCAGACCUGCGGCGGCCAAUCAGAUCCCUCCUGCAUGUGUUGACAGGGUCACAGAAGUACGAGGCUUCACUGAGGCCCAGAAGGAGGAGUACUUCAGGAGGAGGUUCAGUGAUGAAGAGCUGUGCAGCAGAAUCAUCUCACACAUCAAGACGUCCAGGAGCCUCCACAUCAUGUGUCAAAUCCCAGUCUUCUGCUGGAUCAGUGCUACAGUUCUGGAGCACAUGUUGACCACAGACCAGAGAGGAGAGCUGCCCAAGACCCUGACUGACCUGUACUCACACUUCCUGCUGGUUCAGACAAAGAGGAAGAACAUCAAGUACGGUGAGGGACAUGAGACGACUCCACAGCAGCUGACGGAGGCUGACAGGGACGUUCUCCUGAAGCUGGGGAGGCUGGCACUUAAACAUCUGGAGGAAGGAAACAUCAUGUUCUACCAAGAAGACCUGGAGCGGUGUGGUCUUAAUGUCACAGAGGCCUCAGUGUACUCAGGAGUUUGUACUGAGAUCUUCAGAAGAGAGUGUGUGAUCUUCCAGAAAUCAGCCUACUGCUUUGUUCAUCUGAGCAUUCAGGAGUUUCUGGCUGCAGUCUACAUGUUCCACUGUUACACCGAGAGGAACACAGUAGAGCUCAACAACGUCUUGGGAACAUAUGGGGACACAGACAGUACCUUCUCCCUGGAUGAACUCCUGAAGAGAACCAUGAAGAAAUCCCUCACCAGUACAAAUGGUCAUCUGGACCUGUUUGUUCGCUUCCUUCACGGCCUCAGUCUGGAGUCCAACCAGAGAGUCUUAGGAGGCCUGCUGGGUCUGACAGGGAACAAUCCAGAGAUCAUCCAGAGAAUCUUAGGAGGCCUGCUGGGUCGGACAGGGAACAAUCCAAAUAUCAUCCAGAGAGUCUUAAGAGGCCUGUUGGAUCGGACAGGGAACAAUCCAAAGAUCAUCCAGAGAGUUUCAGGAGGCCUGCUGGGUCGGACAGGGAACAAUCCAGAGAUCAUCCAGAGAAUCAUCAACAACCUGAAGGAGAUGAAGAGUGAUGACAUUUCUCCUGACAGAAGCAUCAACAUCUUCCACUGUCUGACUGAGAUGAACGACCACUCAGUUCAUCAGCAGGUGAAACAGUUCCUGACGUCAGAGAACAGAUCGAAGAAGAAACUCUCUGGGAUCCACUGCUCAGCUCUGGCAUACAUGCUGCAGAUGUCAGAGGAGGUUCUGGAUGAGUUCGACCUGAAGAAGUUCAACACAUCAGUCCAGGAUCGACGGAGACUGAUCCCAGCUGUGAGGAACUGCAGGAAGGCUCUACUCAGUGGUUGUGGACUCUCAGAGACUCACGUUGAAGUCGUGGCCUCAGCUCUGAAGUCAGACCCCUCACAUCUGAGAGAACUGGAUCUGAGUAAGAACAAGCUGCAGGAUUCAGGAGUGAAGCUGCUGUGUUCUGGACUGGAGAGUCCAAACUGUCGACUGGAGACUCUGAGGUUGUAUCACUGCAGUCUGUCAGAGAUCAGCUGUUCUUCACUUGCUUCAGCUCUGAGGUCAAACCCCUCUCAUCUGAGAGACCUGAAUCUGAGUGACAACUACCUGCAGGACUCAGGAGUGAAGGAGCUGUGUGGUUUUCUACAGAGUCCAACCUGUCGACUGAAGAAUCUGUGGUUGGAUGACUGCAGUCUGUCAGAGAUCAGCUGUUCUUCUCUGGCUUCAGCUCUGAGGUCAAACCCCUCUCAUCUAAGAGAACUGGAUCUGAGUAGAAACAUCCUGCAGGACUCAGCAGUGAAGGAGCUGUGUGGUUUUCUACAGAGUCCAACCUGUCGACUAAAGAAUCUGUGGUUGAUUCGCUGCAGUCUGUCUGAGAUAAGCUGUUCUCCUCUGGCUUCAGCUCUGAGGUCAAACCCCUCUCAUCUGAGAAAACUGGAUCUGACUGAAAACAACCUGCAGGACUCAGAUGUGAAGGAGCUGUGUGGUUUUCUGCAGAGUCCAACCUGUCGACUGGAGUAUCUGAGGUUGGAGAGAUGCAGUCUGUCAGAGAUCAGCUGUUCUUCUCUGGCUUCAGUUCUGAGGUCAAACUCCUCUCAUCUGAGAGAACUGGAUCUGAGAGGAAACGACCUGCAGGACUCAGGAGUGAAGGAGCUGCUUGAUCUAAAGCAGAGUUCAACCUGUCGACUGGAGACUCUGAGGUGGAGGGGGUUGUCUGAGUGAAGCUGAGUGUGAAGAGAACAGUGUGUGUGGACGGAGGCUGAGCUGUGUCAUGAGGAUCCAGAGGCUGAUGCAGCAGCAGCUUGUGUGUAGUCUCCAAUCUACACAACCCCUAAUUUGCAUAUGUUUGUGCGAUGAAGCCGGAGCACCUGGAGAAAACACGGGGAGAACAUGCAGACUCCACACAGGAAGACCCCAUCUGAACCGGAUUCAAACCAGCAACUUUCUUGUCCGGAUGUGUUUAUUGAAAUGACACAACACAAGCAGAAUAUAUAAACCCUCUAUAAAGAGUCACUUAUAGUGUAUUCAAGUUUGUCUUCAUUUUUCUCCACCUUUGUCCCUCAGUAUGUCUCGAUGUGUGUAGAACCACAAUCUGUGUAUGUUUGUUUAUGAUCUUAAAGUUCCUGGAUUCACGUCACAAAUUGAUUUAGUUCAACACAAUCAGGUGCAGAGCACUGGUUGCUUUUCUACUUUUGACCCACAGGUGGCGCUGCAGUAUAACAGCAGCCCAUCCCAGUCAAAGCCUUUAUAUUCAGUCUUUAAGUCAAAAACCUGGAUCAUUUCCUCUGUAAGAAACCACAAAAAAAUAUAUAUAUAACAAUUUACUAGCACUUAAAUGGCACUUACUUAUAUCACUUUGUACUUUUGCUUUAUUAUAGAAGAAAUUUUACUUUCUUGACUCUCGUUGUUCUUGGUUUGUACACCCCGGUUGAAUGCACUUAUUUUAAGUCGCUUUGGAUAAAAGCAUUAGCUAAAUGAAAUGUAAUGUAAAGAGAAGAAAAACAUCUCAGAGAGAAAAGUUUUGUUUCUACUUGUCUCUGCUUUAAUGCUCAAUAAACAUCCUUCCACCGAC